AUGGGCUGGAAUAGCUGGAACACUUUCAAAAGCAACUUCAACCAAUCAGUCAUUGAGAACACUGCCAGCCUACUUGUCAGUACAGGCCUACUUGAUGCUGGGUACGAUUAUCUUGUAAUGGAUGAGGGCUGGCAGGCAUUGGAAAGGGAUAAAAAUGGGCGGCAGCAGCCAAAUACAACCAAGCUCCCCGGCGGAGUCAGCGGGAUUGCGGAAUUCGUGCAUAAGAAAGGGCUAAAGUUAGGGGUUUACAGUGACGCCGGAAUAUAUGACUGUGGAUUUUAUCCAGGCUCCUGGGGUUAUGAGGAGCUCGAUGCGGCAACAUAUGCCGAAUGGGGCGUGGACUACCUCAAAUACGAUAACUGUGGAGGAUUUGAGGCCAACACCGAAAGCCCACAGGUUCGCUUUGCAGUGAUGAGAGAUGCACUUCGAGGUACUGGUCGGAGUAUCUUCUAUUCAAUCUGCCAGUGGGGUCAUCAAUUUCCGUGGUACUGGGCGGACGAGAUAAGCCAAUCAUACCGAAUGUCAGGAGAUAUCACUUAUACUUUCAGUGACACUGGAAAAGACUGUGCCUGCAAAACAGCUUAUUGCAUGAAUGUCGGCUAUGCCGGCUGCAGCGUGUUGACGAUAAUUCGAAAAAUGAGAGAGCUUAGCCCAUUCCAAAAACCCGGAGCAUGGGCUGAUAUGGACAUGCUUGAGAUCGGCAACGGGAACAUGACGUUACAUGAACAACAAACACACAUGGCAUUUUGGGCUGCUUUAAAAUCACCCCUGAUUAUUGGUGCAGACCUGCAAACACUAGCAGUUGAGAGCCUUAAUGUGUUGAGAAAUAAAGAGAUUAUCGCUAUCUCACAGGAUUCUCUCGGUAAAGCAGUGGGAUAUCUUCCAGAUUUGAGCACCGAGAAGAGUACCCAGGUUUGGGUUGGUCCGUUGACCGGCGGGAAGGUUGUCGUGUUGGUCCUCAGUGAGCUGAAGAAUGUACACACUGUCAACCUCUCGCUGGGAGAUGUCCCAGGGCUUUCUUCAACCCAUCACUAUGCUGUCCGUGAUGUAUGGGAGGCACGGAAUCUUGGCCGGGUAAAGGGUAACAUCUCAUUGCAGGUGGCUCCACACCAAACAAGAGUGCUUGUUCUCAGUUAG